AUGCCUUUUCCCCAAUUACUCGUUGGCAAGGUUGCCGCCAUUACUGGCGGUUUAACCGGGAUUGGGAGGGCUAUUGCCAUCGAUUACAUCCGCCACGGAGCCAAAGUUGCCAUCAGCCACCUGGGCGGGCCCAGGGAAGACGACCUGCUGGAAUCCCUACGCAAGGAGAUCAACGAAAUCGAAGCAGGCGCUGACAAAACCCGCUUCAUCACAGUCGCAGGCGACAUUUCACAACCCGAAACAGGACAGAACUUCGUCGCAAAGACCGUUGAGGCUUUCGGGCGACUUGAUGUGUUCGUGAGCAACGCAGGCGUAUGCCAAUUUGCCGAUUUCCUCGAGCUUGAACCCUCCUUACUCAACCACACCGUCUCCACCAACCUCUCCGGUGCCUUCUUCGCUACACAAGCUGCCGCUCGCCAGAUGGCAAAGGCCCAGUCCCCGCCCGGUGGCUCCAUUAUCGGUAUUAGCUCGAUCUCUGCGCUUGUGGGUGGAGGCGAGCAGACACAUUAUACCCCGACCAAGGCUGGUGUGCUUAGUCUGAUGCAGUCUUGUGCGGUGGCUUUGGGUAAAUAUGGGAUUCGUUGCAAUGCGUUGCUGCCGGGCACUAUUCGUACUCAGCUUAAUGAUGCUGAUAUGGCGGAUCCUGUGAAGCGGACUUAUAUGGAGGGUCGGAUCCCGCUGGGUCGGCUUGGUCAGCCUCCUGACCUUGCUGGUCCGGCGGUUUUCUUGGCUUGCGAGGAACUGAGCAGCUAUGUGACUGGUGCACAGCUGCUUGUUGACGGAGGUCUUUUUGUGAAUCUGCAGUAA